UUUACAGUGUGGAGUAACUGGAAGAAAAAAUUAACUGCUGUACAUGUCAAGUAUGGAGCUCAUGUCAUCUGAAAGUUUGAAGCAAUUAUUUGACAAAAUUCUUGAAAAUACAUAAUGGCAGUAGGAAUUUUUCCAGCACUUAAACUAGGUGUGCUUUUUAUUAAGCAAAUUAGCAAACCUCUUGCUCAAAUUAUAGUAGCUCAUGCUAAAAAUCAUCCAGUUUUUCGAGCUUAUUUUAUAAUACCACCUGCUCAAUUAUAUCAUUGGGCAGAAGUUAAGACAAAGAUGUAUCUUAUGAAUUUAGGCAAACCAACUAAAAUUGCUAAACUUAAUGAACAAAUGGCUAUUGAAUUGGGUGCUAAUUUAGUAGGUGAAGUUAUAAUCUUCAGUGUAGCUGGUGGAUGUUUAGUAUUAGAAUAUAAUCGACAAGUUGCUAAAGAAGCCAAAAGAGAAGAGAUGCGACAGCAGCAAUUGCAAAAAUUUACCGAUGAUAUAGAAGCACUUUACCAAAUGACUCUUAAACAAGAAACAGAGUUAAAGUAUCUUCAUAAUUCUUUGUAUAAUUUAAAAAAAGAAACAAGACAUGGAUACUUGAACGAUAACAUUAUUAAUACCAACAAACAAAGUGUAAUUAAUCAGGCUUUAUCCUAUUAUAAUAAGGAGGUUAAGAAAGAAAACCCAAGUUAAUAAGAUUAGAAAGAAAUCGUUAUUGAAAAAUUAUAGUAGUUUGGAAUUUGCUUAUUAAAAAAGCACUAAAUAU